AUGGUUACUGUAGCCCCUCACCAAGCAGAAGACCAUGAGUGGGUGAAGAAUCGAAAGUUUGAGCCUUACUCACGCUAUGGAGACGAUGUAGAGCUGGACUUGAUUCAGGUUCCCAGCCUCGACGAGGACUGGGUUUACUUAGCAUGCGAGAAUGACCACCCCUGCAGCAGGUGCGCUCGUAUAACGCCACACAUCGAUUGCAUAUUCAUCGCAGUUGAUGGUGCCUGCAGAGGUAACGGCACUCCAAAUGCGAAGGCUGCCAUCGGAGUCUUCUUUGGCGAAACGUCGCCAUUCAAUCGAAGCCUCUUGCUACGUCAGGUACCUGUGACGAACCAAAUCGCAGAACUGAACGCCGGCAUUGCUGCACUCGAACAGGCAUUGGAAAUACUGCGAUCCGAAGUGUUAGGUGAAGACUCGCUUCAUAAAGUCAUCAUCAAGGCGGACUCGGAGUACCUCGUCAAGGGGAUGACUGAGUGGGUGUUUAAAUGGGAAGUCAACGGAUACAAAAAUGCGAAACGGGACCCUGUCAAGAACUCUACACUGUUCCAAAAGCUACAAAGUCUUAUUGAGGCCUUGAACGCAUCUAACGUCGAGGUUCUAUUCUGGCAUGUACCUCGGGAAAUGAACAAAGAAGCCGACAAGUUAGCCAAUCAGGCGUUCAACAGCCGUCCAUAA